CUCUCUCUCACACACUAAACUCACCGUUUUGGCUUCUCACUUCUUCACCCUCUCUCUCUCUUCAGCUUCCACAGUCCAAUGACCUCAAUCAUCGACGAAGACGACGACGGUUUUGAUUGGGAAGCAGCCGUUAGAGAAAUCGACGUGGCUUGCGCCACCGCCACCGCCAAUGCGAACCCGAACGCGAAGCCUUCAACUUCUACUUCUGGGCAAUCUUCCCAUUUUGCCCCUCCCGAAACUCCCAAAUUCCAAUCCUGCACUACUUCAUACACCAACACCAACAACAAACAAGGUCGGCAAUCCACGCUCGACAAGUUCGUAUCCAAGUCGGGCCCGCCGAGACCGCCACAGUAUCAUUAUCAAGCUCAGAAUUUCAUCGAAAUCGAUCGAGAUCGCUUUGACGGUGGCGAUGAGCUCAGCUGUGGCAUUGACAUUGAUGCUCACGCAGCUCAAACUUGGAUUUACCCAGUUAAUAUUCCUCUUCGUGAUUAUCAAUUUGCUAUCACCAAGAAAGCAUUAUUUUCAAAUACAUUGGUGGCAUUGCCAACGGGGCUUGGGAAGACACUUAUUGCUGCAGUCGUUAUGUUUAACUACUUCAGAUGGUUUCCUGAUGGAAAAAUAGUCUUUGCCGCUCCUUCUCGACCUCUUGUCAUGCAACAGAUUGAAGCGUGCCAUAAUAUUGUGGGAAUUCCUCAAGAAUGGACAAUUGAUAUGACGGGUCAGAUAAGUCCUACAAAAAGAGCAGGCUUUUGGAAAACAAAAAGAGUUUUCUUUGUUACUCCACAAGUGCUGGAAAAGGAUAUUCAGUCUGGUACAUGCUUGGUGAAAUACUUGGUGUGUUUGGUGAUUGAUGAAGCUCAUCGAGCAAUGGGAAAUUAUUCUUAUUGUGUUGCAGUUCGUGAGUUAAUGGCUGUACCAGUGCAACUGAGAAUACUAGCUUUGACGGCAACACCAGGAUCAAAGCAGCAGACCAUCCAGCAAAUUAUUGAUAACUUAUAUAUCUCAACUCUUGAAUAUCGUAAUGAAAGUGAUAAUGACGUUAGCCCAUAUGUGCACAACAGAAAGAUAGAGUUGAUUCAGGUUGCACUGGGGCAAGAUGCAGUAGAAGUUAAUAAUAAGCUCUCAGAAGUAAUACGUCCAAUUGUAGUCAGGCUUUGCGCUGUUGGAAUUCUCAAUAGAGACUAUCAAACUUUGAGCCCAUGUGAGUUACUUAACCUGAGGGAUAAAUUUCGUCAGGCACCCCCUCCAAAUCUUCCCCAUAUUAAGUACAAUGAAGUGGAAGGAUAUUUUGGAGUUCUUAUUACUCUCUACCAUAUUCGUAAGCUACUCUCAAGCCAUGGGAUAAGACCAGCAUAUGAAAUGCUUGAAGAAAAGUUGAAACAGGGGUUUUUUGCAAGGUUUAUGAGUAAAAAUGAAGAUAUUCGGAAAGCAAAGCUCUUAAUGCAGCAAAAUCUGUCUCACGGUGCACCAAGUCCCAAAUUGUCCAAAAUGUUAGAAGUACUAAUUGAUCAUUUCAAAACAAAGGAUCCACAAAGCUCAAGGGUAAUUAUUUUCUCAAAUUUUAGGGGAAGUGUCAGGGACAUAAUGGAAGCACUAGCGAAUAUUGGGGAUUUAGUUAAAGCAACCCAGUUUAUUGGCCAAAGCUCAGGAAAAGCAUUGAAAGGCCAGUCACAAAAAGUUCAACAAGCUGUUUUGGAGAAAUUUCGGGCUGGUGGAUACAAUGUCAUUGUAGCCACAUCAAUCGGUGAAGAAGGAUUGGAUAUCAUGGAAGUUGAUCUUGUAAUAUGUUUUGAUGCUAAUGUCUCACCAUUGAGAAUGAUUCAGCGCAUGGGGAGAACUGGAAGAAAGCAUGAUGGACGAGUUGUAGUUUUAGCUUGUGAAGGGUCAGAAUUGAAGGGUUACAUGCGAAAGCAGGCAAACAGCAAGGCUGUUAGAAAGCACAUGCGAAAUGGGGGGAUGCACAGCUUCAACUUUCAUUCUAGUCCUAGGAUGAUUCCCCAUGUUUACAAACCCGAAGUCCAAUUUGUUGAGCUGUCAAUUGAACAAUUUGUUCCUCGUGGAAAGAAAGUGAAAGAUGAUCAUGCCAUUCAGACAUCUGUGUUUGAAGAAAAACUAACUGUUGCUGAAACUGCUUUAAUUGCCAAGUAUUACCCUACCGGUGAAAAUAUAUGGAUACCAUCUCUUAUUGCUUUUCCUCACUUCCAGACAUUUCCUUCCAGAGUGCAUAAAGUAAUGCAUGCGAAUAGAACUGGGAUGCUGAUUGACAUGAUGCAACGUUUGCAAAGACUAUCAUUUUCUGGAGAUAGUGAAGCCACUGUUGUUGAGGAUGAAAUCAUUCUUGGAAAGAGCUUGGUAGUUGAUGCAGCUGAACAACACGACCCUGAAACAAAAGGUUUGCUGGUUUCUGUUGAUUCUCCAAGCAUAAAGGCUCAAAGAGAAGUAUUUGAAGUAUCACCUUGGCAGAUCUUAAAAACGAAAGAGAAACACAGUGUGCCUGAUUUUUGUGGCCAAGAUCCUCCUUUGCACUCAUACCUCUUUGGUUCAGAUUAUGUAUCUGUUGAUGCUUUUGGAAAGGUUUUAAUUUUAUCUGUCCCAUUGCUUCCUUAUAAAGUAGUGUCACAUGCUAAGUGUACAACUGCAAGCAGUGCAAAGUUGUCAAAUUAUUUAAAGCAAGAUUCUUGCCAUUUGAGAACUUCAACUGAAGACAACAAGGAACUGACUAUGCAAGCUACUGCUGUUGGAGAAAUAACUUCUCCGACAAGAUGCAUAAAGAAUGAGACUCUGCCAAAAUCUGGAUUAUGUGACGCUGAUGUCCAGCAAGAAAAGAAGUUGGAUGGGAUUGAGAAUAUUCCUGAAACACCAAUUUUGAAGGGAAAUCUGUCAAAUGAAGGAGAUAGGGGUGGUGAGAUGCCUGAUGCUAUGGAAAUCAAGGCACCCUUGCUUGUGGAUGAUGAAUGCGGUAAUGAUUUCAUAGAUGUAGAGCUUAGUCCGCUACUAACAAAUUUGAUCAAAAGCGGUAUUGUUCCAGAGUCCCCAAUCAACGAUAGAGGCUUAUUGAAUGGUAAAAAGACAAAUGAGUUUCUUGUUACAGACUUUGUUUCUCCUGCCCAGUUGCAUACCACAUCGAUAUUGAAGUCUCCAAGUCCAGAAAGAAAUGGAACGGUUUUUAGAAGAAAUAGCUCUGUUUCUCCCAUUAAUAAUGUGAUUCAAACUCCUGUAUCUAAGUUGAACAAUAAUGUCCAUAUGAGAGGAUGUACAUCCACUGCUCCAGGCAUUGAGGAAGCCCAAACUCCCUUUGCAAACUUGACAAACACUAGCUGUAGCAAAGAUUGGCUUUUAAGUUCUGGAGAAAAGUCGGAAAGUAUUGAACAGAGGCGCAAGCUUAAAAGGUUGCGUAAGGUUGGAGACUGUGGUAAAAGUAGGAAUCUGAAAAGCGUCAAAGAAAAUAGUGUUCCAAUAGCAAACCUUGCCAGAUUAUUUUCUAGUCCUUUCCGAAAUAAGUGUGUCAAAGGUAAAAAGAAUCCAGUUAUUGGCGGCAGAGCCUUCAUUGAGGAGGAAGCUGAGGUGUCUUCAGAUGCUGAUAUAUCUGAUGAUGAGGAAGAUGAGCAGGACAACAAUUCAAAUGAUAGUUUUAUAGAUGAUGGGAUCAAUCCAACAGCAGCAAGUAUGCAAGCUGAAAGUUGCAGAGUUGACAUGAUGGCAAUCUACAGGCGCUCUUUGCUCAGCCAGUCACCAAUGCACAGGCAGCCUAAUUGUUCUGCCACUUUAACUCCUGAUUCUUUGGCUUCAAUGGCCAGGAUAAGUGAAAGUGGAAGUGGAAUUUCCUCAGGCAAAACCUUGUACUCUCUCCAGACUCCUCAAACUGAAUCUGCAAAUGGGUUAGCUGGUAGAUAUUCAGAUUCUUCCCAAAUGUGCAGGAUCUCCUCACAAGUUGUGCCUUGUACAACCAAUGUUUCCUCAAUAGGAAAACAGGAGAUUGAAAGUCGAAAAAGGAAAUUGAGUUUUCAUCUAUCUGAAUCUGUUCCUAAAAUUAAUCUAGAGCCAGAAUUCAUGCUCCAAUCAGAUGCUACUGGAAGAGAUUCAUUUCAGCAUCACAACCAAAAUGGGGAUGUGAAUGAGGAUGCAUUUUAUGAUGAUCAGUUUUAUGAAGGUCUAGACCUUGAUGCAAUGGAGGCACAGGCUACUUUGCUUUUCAAACAGAAAUCUGAUUUGUCAAUAAAAAAGCAAGAGAUAAUUCCUCAAUUACACGCACAGAAUCCUAGUCUCAUCAGUUCUCCAUCAUUUGAUCUUGGGAUAUGACAGGCUUGAAACAAGUCUUGUAGAGGUUCAGAAAAUAGAGAUGGGUUGGCCAUUACGAGUCACUUGUUCAACUUUUGCUAGUAGGUUUUUUUAUCUUUUCUUCUUUUUUUGUUUCAUAAUUUUAUAGUAGAAGUGAAAGUGAUUGAGGAUGGAGAGGCUGGUAAGGUUCCAGUUCAUAUAGAUGUAAUUUAUAAUGUAGUAAGUUGUGUACAGUUCAUGUAAAGGGGGAAAAUGUAUGUAACACAUAUACAUACAUUAUGUUGAAAAUGUCUAAGAAUUUUGUUGAUUCUA